AUGGCCAAACUCGGAAAGCUUACGAAGCUCAAGUCCGCCAUCAAGCGCUGGCCCUCCUUCCCCAGGCUCGGCAGCGGCGGCGGUCGCUCCUCCACAAGCCACGACCAACUUCAUCACAGCCUCUCCGCGGAUCAUAAUCAAGCAGAACAAUCGCUCCAUGCGGUCUACGUUGGGAAGUCGCGACGACGCUACCUCGUAAGCUCCGACGUCCUGGAGCACCCUGUUUUUCAGGAGCUGGUGGAUCGGUCGGCGUCGGAGUCGGAGGAAGACGGCGGUGCGGUGGUGGUUGCGUGUGAGGUGGUGCUGUUCGAGCACUUGCUGUGGAUGCUUGAAAACGCCGAGACGCAAAUGGGGUCCAUGCACGAGCUGGCUGAGCUCUACACCUGCGCAUGCUGAUUCACAUACAGAGAUCCAUCACUUUUAAUUAUUCUCUGAUUCAUUACGUGCGUAUUAUGUUCAGAUUAUAGGUAGGGUGCUUGUUAUUACUAGAGAAAAAAAAAAAAAGGAGGAAAAAAAUGGUGGUUUUGGGUAAUUUUGUGGAUUCUUACAGCGUCUUCGACGAAAUAAUGCAUCAUGGUGGACGAAGUGAGGAUUCAUUUACUGUGUAUAAAUCGGAGCCCAUUUUUCACUGGUCGAUGAUGAUUCGGUCCGAGAAAUUGUAAUUAGAGAGUUACUCUUUAUUAUGUGGUAGUAAUUAUAUUGUAUGUUCACCAACACCAAUAUAUAUGAAUUUUUUUUUUUUUAAUGAAAGUGAUUGAGGUGGAAGGCAAUUAUUGUGUUUGGUCUCGUCGUUCAUUGAAAAAGGAAGAUUAAUGCAAUCAUCAAAU